AUGCAGCCUGGUGGUACCGAGUUCGCUGCCAAGCUGCUCGUCCUGGACGCGGAGGAAUGCAGGCUCAGGCGACUCACGCCCGAGCAGGUCGUGGCCAGGCGGAAGCUGGCAAGGGAGUUCCGAUGUGGACCCGAAGUCAAGAUGGAGGUCACGAGUCGAAGACAGACGACCGAACUUGAGACGUGCGAGCCGCGUCUUUGGGUCGAGGAUGAUGACGGUGUGCAGAGGGGCAAGGUCAUAAUAUGCGCAGUGGUCAUGAACUCCAUCCUUGGCGGAGGAUUGUGGGUACUGGCAGGUUAUGUUGUGUUGGACGUGGCCGGCAAGAGCAAGGACGAGGAGGCCUUCAUUGAAUAUGCCCACAAAGCAGACCGAUGGCUGCUGCAGUGGGAGGGCUCCUAUCAAAACUUGGGCUUGAGCGCAGGCAGGAUGAUCCGGCGUCGGCGACGAAGGUUGUGGGAGGAUGUCACCCAUGUGGUGGACGCGGGCUUCUCUAAGUGGGCAAGAAACGAGUUCGCCAAGAUAAUCAGGGAAAGCAGGGAAGCAAGUUCAAUCUCCUUUAGCCUGCCCAUCUCGGAAGUCUUUGGGAAUUUCGAGCUUACCCUUCCUCAUUCAAGUGGUGCUGCGCCUGUUAUCCAAGUCGGGAGCAUGCUGGAUGCCUCCUUGCAGGACUUGCGCAGGGAGAUAGCACCUGCACUGCCAGUAAGUGGUGCAGCCAAUUUGUGA